GCCGAUCCAAUUGUUAUUACUUUUAACCUGUACCUCCAACAAUUUACGCACUUCGCCAAUAUUCAAAAUACAAAACUGAGCCGGAAAUGUCGCGUAAAAAUGUCUUGAACUUGAUCAAUACGAUCGUGUCCAAUUCCUGCAAGUGCCCCGCCCACUCACAUAACUAUGGAUCAGCAGCGGCCACGGGGAUCCAGACGGGACAGAAGGAGUACGCCUUCGAGAUGUCUGCCUCGACUGUGCGCUUUGGACCUGGUGUGAGUGUUGAGGUUGGCGCAGACCUGCGAAAUUUGGGUGCCAAGAAGGUCUGUCUGGUCACGGAUAAGAAUGUAGCGAAGCUGCCGUCAGUCAAGGUGGCCUUGGACUCCCUCAGCCGCCAUGGCAUAAACUAUGAGGUGUACGAUGAGACGCGUGUGGAGCCAACGGAUGGCAGCUUUUGGCAUGCCGCAGAGUAUGCGCGCCAGAACGAGUUCGAUGCAUUCCUGGCCAUUGGCGGUGGCUCAGUCAUGGACACGGCCAAGGCGGCCAAUCUGUUCAGCAGUGAUCGCGACGCAGAGUUUCUGGACUAUGUCAACAGUCCGAUUGGCAAGGGAAAGGAGAUAUCCGUAAAGUUGAAGCCCUUGAUUGCUAUGCCCACCACCUCAGGAACUGGCUCCGAAACCACUGGCGUGGCCAUCUUUGACUAUAAGCGAUUGCACGCCAAGACAGGAAUCUCCAGCAAAUACCUCAAGCCGACUCUAGCCAUAAUUGAUCCUUUGCACACCCUUUCGCAGCCCGAGAGGGUAAUGGCGUUUGCCGGCUUCGAUGUAUUCUGCCAUGCCCUGGAGAGCUUCACGGCAGUGGACUAUCGCGAGCGGGGACCAGCGCCGAGUGAUCCGAGUCUGCGACCCACCUAUCAGGGGAGGAAUCCCAUAUCCGAUGUGUGGGCGCGGUUUGCCCUCGAGACGAUACGCAAGAACUUCAUCGAUGCCAUAUACCAGCCAGACAAUUUGGAGGCUCGCUCCCAGAUGCAUCUGGCCUCAACAAUGGCCGGAGUGGGCUUUGGCAACGCUGGGGUGCAUCUCUGUCACGGACUGUCCUACCCCAUUUCGGGAAAUGUGAGGGACUACAAGCCAGCUGGCUACCUGGCCGACCAUGCGCUCAUACCGCAUGGCCUCUCCGUUGUGAUCAGUGCGCCCGCGGUCUUUGAGUUCACUGCGGCCGCUUGCCCCGAUCGCCAUCUGGAGGCUGCCAAACUUCUAGGCGGUAAAGCAGACGGCGUUAAGGCAGCAGAUGCCGGUCGCCUUUUGGCGGACACUGUACGAGGCUUUAUGCAACGCGCUGGCAUUGAAAAUGGCCUCCGCGAACUCGGCUUCUCCAGCAGCGAUGUGCCCAAUCUGGUCGCGGGCACGCUGCCCCAGGAACGGAUCACUAAAUUAGCACCUCGCGCACAGACCCACGAGAACUUGGCCCAACUCUUUGAGAAUUCCAUGGUGGCUUAUUAAAUUAAUGGGCUCUGCACUUA